AUACCAAACCAAUCAGGUGUUCGACGAAAUUAUUCUUCAGACGUCAUUGAUCACGUGCUGCUGAUAAAGUGAGACUGCUUUGAAUUAUACCCCUUAGCGACUUCAGUACAUGCCUCAGAGCUCCAGUCUCAAACUUAACCACGUUCCUGAUGAAGAAGAGGAGGUCUGCUGGAUGGAGAAGGAAGCUCUCGUGAAAGAGGAGGAGGCUGUUACAAUACAAAAACAAGUAGAGGUUGAGGCGGUUACCGUGAAAGAAGAGAAAGACGUCACAGUUAAAGAAGUGGGAGACUCGUUCAGAGUUAAUAAAGAGGGGGACGACGACGUUCCAGUGAACGAAGAGGAGGGGGAGGUGACUGUCACAUCGGAAAAUGAAGAAGAGGAGGAAACUGGAUAUCUCGGCCCGGUUUCCCAAGCGCAUCUUAAGGCGUCCGAUGGUUCUAACGAUGAAGGGGCCCUGAUUAACACUAGAGAACAACAUCAUGAUGCUGACAAGGCAGAGAAGAGUCUCUCCAGAUCAGAACACCUCAAUGAACACCUGCAGAGACCCACAGGGAAGAAAUCUCAACACUGCUGUGAAUGUGGGAAGAGUUACUCAAGAUCAGAUUCACUUAAACUACAUAAAGAAUACACCAGCGAGUACACACAGGAGAGAAACCUCACCACUGUUUUGACUGUGGGAAGAGUUACUUAAAAUCAGAUUCACUUAAACUACACCUGAGAAUACACACUGGAGAGAAUCUUCACUUCUGCUCUGACUGUGGGAAGAGAUUCACCUCUUCAGUAGACCUUAAAAUACAUCAGAGAAUUCACACUGGAGAGAAACCUUUUGGCUGUGAUCAAUGUGGGAAGAGUUUUACUAAGCCAAGCAACUUGAAAUCACACCAGCGAAUACACACUGGAGAGAAACCUUAUGGCUGUGAUCAAUGUGGGAAGAGUUUUACUCAGUCAAGCGGCCUGAUAUCACACCAGAUAACACACGCAGGAGAG